AUGAAGCACAAAUAUCGAGAGCAGCUUCUGAAGUUUGCCUGUAACCAUUGUGGUAAACGCUAUCUACGCCGAUGCCAUUUAAGGAUGCACCAGUACUCAAAGCACUCCAUACCACACAAUGUUCAAAUAUUCCGUUGUGAAGAAGAAGGAUGUCGCUACACCUGUAUUCGUCGUAUGAGUCUGAUUCAGCACAAGUCGAAACAUGUCAAGGAAAAACAGUAUUCGUGUGAGUACUGUGGCAAAAAAAUGAAGACAGCAGUGACUUUGCGUAAACACAUUAGUAAGAUACAUCUAAAUAUCCGUCCAUACCUGUGCCAGAUGUGUGCACAGGCUUUUGGUGAGGACAGUGAGCUCCAAUCUCACAUCAAGCAGAGACAUACUUCCCAUGAUGAAAAGGACUUUUUCUGUCAGUUCUGCCCUUAUGCAACUUCCAAUAAGUAUUCCUAUCAGACGCACAUGUACCGAGUCCACAAAACACGUGCACCAGGAGAUAACCGAGAGGAAUUCAAGUGUUCGCACUGCGAUUUUGUGACUAUUUUUGGGCAUCGUUACCGCAUCCACAUGAAUAGUCACAACAACAUCCGCCAGUAUGUUUGUGAAUUUUGCAGCAAGGCAUUUGUCUCGUCCAACAGCCUUCGUCGACACAAGCUCUGGCUGCAUUCCUCAGAAAGUUUGUCCUGCCCAUUUUGUUCAUAUGAGACAAAAACAAAACAAAGCUUGAGUGUACAUGUUCGUACCCAGCACACAAUGAAAGGAGUCAAGCCAUACAUGUGUCGUUAUUGUGACUUCCGCUCAGCCACAGGAGGAAACUGUCGCAAACAUAUUAUGAAUAAGCAUAAAGGGCUGGAAGUUGAAUAUGUAAAAGAUACGACCCUGCUUGAAGCAGCCAAAGCCAGUUUAGAUUCUAUGGCUACUCAGUUUACAUCUAUGUUUAUGAUGGAUCAGCAUGAAGAUAAACCUGUUGGCUACAAUGAACAGAGAGACAAUUCUUUAAUUAACUAA